AUGCCUUCCGGAUUCGCUAGCAACAACCUGUAUUGGGAGACAGAGGCACCCCUGGAAAAGGGCAACCCCACCAUUCUUUUCAUCCAUGCUUCAUGGAUGUCGUCGGCCAUGUGGGAAGAGACUGUCCAGCUUCUCGCACCACAGUUACCAAAUGUCAACCUCCUCCGCGUUGACUUGAACGGCCACGGAAAAACAACUGCCGGCCGCAAGGAAUAUACUCUCUGGAACCAAGCCGAGGAUGUCCUCACUCUCUUGGCAGAGCUUGAACUGUCCAACGUACUGAUCGCCGCCAUCUCCAUGGGCUCGAUGAUCGCUCUCCGCCUGGCUCUACUCGACCAAGCUAGAUUCUCAGGCCUCAUCCUCCUCGCCUCCAACGCAUCAGCUGCGACCGACUCUCAGCGUGAUGCCUUCUAUCAGCUUUGUAAUAUCUGGAUUGCAACACCUGCUCCCAGCAAGCAGAUCAUGGACGCCGCUAUCCUCAGCUGGGGCGGGAAUCCUGAUGUCGAGGGCCCGCGUGCGGCUCAAAUAAAGCAGGACUGGGUUCAACGCCACUCGGGCGCUGAGAAUGUGGAGCCUACACUGAACUCAAUGAUGGAGAGGGAUGCGCUGCUUGAUCGACUGGGGGAGAUUCGUGUUCCAGUUCUUCUCAUUCAUGGGGAAGAUGACAAGACAUAUCCUCUGCAGGAUGCUGUGGAGAUUAAGGAACGGCUUGUUAACGCGGAUGUGCGCUUGGAGGUUGUCAAUGGCGAGGGUCAUCUGUUGAUUCACUUGAGGGAGGCCAGGGAUGUGGCUGAAUGGAUUCAGGGUUUCGUGCAGAUGGUCCUUGGAUGA